GGAGCGAGGCUGCGCGCGCCGAACAUGGCUGAGAAGCAGAAGCACGACGGGCGGGUGAAGAUCGGACACUACGUGCUGGGGGACACGCUGGGCGUCGGCACCUUCGGCAAAGUGAAGAGUGCUGAAAAUACAGAAGAGAGUGAUAGAGUGUCUGUUCUUAAGGAGUGCAUACUCCAGUAGAAGAGACAGACAUGAAAAGUUCUAUGCAUUGGAGAACAUCAAUUGACAGGCCAUAAAGUGGCAGUUAAAAUUUUAAAUAGACAGAAGAUUCGCAGUUUAGAUGUUGUUGGAAAAAUAAAACGAGAAAUUCAAAAUCUAAAACUCUUUCGUCAUCCUCAUAUUAUCAAACUAUACCAGGUGAUCAGCACUCCAACAGAUUUUUUUAUGGUAAUGGAAUAUGUGUCUGGUGGUGAAUUAUUUGACUACAUCUGUAAACAUGGACGGGUUGAAGAAAUGGAAGCCAGGCGGCUUUUUCAGCAGAUUCUGUCUGCCGUGGAUUACUGUCACAGGCAUAUGGUCGUUCAUCGAGACCUGAAACCAGAGAACGUGCUAUUGGAUGCACACAUGAAUGCCAAGAUAGCUGAUUUUGGAUUAUCUAAUAUGAUGUCAGAUGGUGAAUUUCUGCGAACUAGUUGUGGAUCCCCAAAUUAUGCAGCACCUGAAGUCAUCUCAGGCAGAUUGUAUGCUGGACCUGAGGUUGAUAUCUGGAGCUGCGGUGUUAUUUUGUACGCUCUUCUCUGCGGCACCCUCCCAUUUGAUGAUGAGCAUGUGCCUACGUUGUUUAAGAAGAUCCGAGGGGGUGUUUUUUAUAUCCCAGAAUAUCUCAAUCGUUCUGUUGCCACUCUCCUGAUGCAUAUGCUACAGGUUGACCCCCUGAAACGAGCAACUAUAAAAGACAUAAGAGAGCAUGAAUGGUUUAAACAAGAUUUGCCCAGUUACUUAUUUCCUGAAGACCCCUCCUAUGAUGCUAACGUCAUUGAUGAUGAGGCUGUGAAAGAAGUGUGUGAAAAAUUUGAGUGUACAGAAUCAGAAGUAAUGAACAGUUUAUAUAGUGGUGACCCUCAAGACCAGCUUGCAGUGGCUUAUCAUCUUAUCAUUGACAAUCGGAGAAUAAUGAACCAAGCCAGUGAGUUCUACCUCGCCUCUAGCCCCCCAACUGGUUCUUUUAUGGAUGAUAGUGCCAUGCAUAUUCCCCCAGGCCUGAAACCUCAUCCAGAAAGGAUGCCACCUCUUAUAGCAGACAGCCCUAAAGCAAGAUGUCCACUGGAUGCACUGAAUACAACUAAACCCAAAUCUUUAGCUGUGAAAAAAGCCAAGUGGCAUCUUGGAAUCCGAAGUCAGAGCAAACCAUAUGACAUUAUGGCUGAAGUUUACCGAGCUAUGAAGCAGCUGGAUUUUGAAUGGAAGGUAGUGAAUGCAUACCAUCUACGUGUAAGAAGAAGAAAUCCAGUGACUGGUAAUUAUGUGAAAAUGAGCUUACAGCUAUACCUGGUUGACAAUAGAAGCUAUCUUUUGGAUUUUAAAAGCAUUGAUGAUGAGGUGGUGGAGCAGAGGUCUGGUUCGUCAACACCUCAGCGGUCCUGUUCUGCUGCUGGCUUACACAGACCGCGAUCCAGUUUGGAUUCUGUAACUGCGGAGAGCCAUUCACUCUCUGGCUCUCUCACGGGCUCCUUGACCGGAAGCACGUUGUCUUCAGUUCCACCUCGCCUGGGCAGUCACACCAUGGAUUUUUUUGAAAUGUGUGCCAGUCUGAUCACUACUUUAGCCCGUUGAUGAUCUUUCCCUAGUUUCUAUCUUUCUGUUAUUGCACUGUGAAAAUCAGAUAUAUUCUUUAAAUUAUUGUUUUACUUUAUGCAUAUGGAUAUCACAUACUCUGCAGUACUGGUUGAGAGCUGUGACUAUCUCCAGGGGCUCUCAAUGCCAUUGAAAUUACUGAAAAUGAAAAAGUUUGAUAUUUUAUUUACUGUGGACAUCUGUAAUUCUGUUUUGCCUAUGAUAAAUUCUCAUAGGCAUUAUCUUUAAUACUGAUGAACAUUGAUGAAGAUUAUUAUUAAUCUAAAACUGUGGAUUCACUACAGAUGAUUAAUACACCUUUACUGGUGAACCAUCUCAGUCAAAGGGUGGUCUUGCUUAACUGUUUAGUGUAGAUAAAUCCAGUUUGCUUCCUAAAUUUCAGCAGGCUUUCAGCUGUGUUUAUGCACAAGAAGAUUAAAAAAUAACACGAACAUUAGUAAGAUAGUAUUUAAAUGUUGAAAUCUUAAGAGCCAGCCCCCAAAAUUUCAGAAACCAAGUCCUACUGGCAGUUUUUGCACAUAGUGCCCAGUGUUCAGCAGAAGGGUUGUGGUCCUUAAACAGUAACGGUCAUUUCCAGGUUCCUUAAAAACAGCUAUAACCAGAGGUUUUAUCUUGAGAUUUUCCUGAAUAACAUAUUUAAGAGCCUUCAAGAUUCUACUCAGUACCGGAACAUCUGGAAUUAUAGCAACUUCUGUCUUUUUUGUAAACUUACAUCAUUUUACAACAUGCCUUCAAAAUCUACCUUUCUCAAAUUCUUUUUUGCUCUAUUUAUUUUUGUACUUCACCAAGCAUGAUAAAGUAGACAGUUAAAUGAAACAAAGCAAAAUGUCAACAGUCCCUUAAAGAGAACUCUUACCUUUGAUGUCUUAUUGUGUGUGGUGGUGAGGAGUAUGUGUGUAUGUGUGUGUCCUAUUGCAUCCCGUAAUGCUAAUUAUUCAUCAGAAGUUUGUUACUGUAUUCACCCCUCCUCCCUCACCUUCCCUAGUCACCUUUGUCUUUGUUUAUUGUUUGAUCCUUAGUGGAUGAUUGACAGCUUUGAAAUCUUUUCUGCUUCUCUUUCUUUGUUCUAUACCUUGGUUGCUAGCCACCCAAUCUGAAACACUGUUCUGGCCCUAAGGGCUUUUGUGCACUUCCAAAGCUUGGUAGGCUGUGACCUUCACUGUUGAACCUGUUAGGGCAGAGAAGCCUUAAACAUUCAAAAAGAUUCUCUCGAAUAAAUAUAUGUGUUGUUUACAUAUAUACAUAUAUGUAUUCAAACAUCAGUGCUUUUAAAGGAAAACCAAACUUUUUGGCUUUGUGCAGGUUUUUUAAAGGCUUUAAAAAGAACCCUAUAUACAGCAGGAUAGAUAAUAGCCCAUUGAUUAUAUUUUGUUUUAGUAAAAAUAUUUAAUUUUUAAAUUAUGUAUAAUUUAUCUAAUUUGUAUUUAUUCAGUUGUCUUGUUUAAUAUGUUAUAAUUAACAAUCUCAUUCACCUGACUUACCCUAGAAAAGAUUAAGCUCUUGAAAACAAAAAGUAACAUUGCCUUGACAGGUUUCUCUUGGCCAAAAAUAAUGUUUUCUACCAAGAAGCAAAUGAGAAUGUUAGACCAAAUUUCUCUUGUGUUUAUGAAAGACAAGUAUGUCUUUUUUUUUUUUUUCAAGCUCUUUAUUAGAAAAUAAUUGCUUUACAGUCUUAUACCAGCUUUUAAGGUGAGUUUUGAGUUUAGGAGUUUGCAGUGUGUCACAUCAUAUUGUUUUGCAGAACUUUUGAAAAAUGGUGUUACAUAACUUUUUAAGUCUGACUUCUUAAUAUCAAAAUACAAGGAAUCCUUGUUCGCCAGUUUGGGGAAGAGGGUGGGGUUGCAGUUAAGAUGUUUAAAGUUUAAACCUUUGGAAGAUUGCCAUCUAGUGGCAUCAAAGGAUACUUUUUUGUGAAUAUUUUUAUUAGGGAUAAGCAGUCCUGCUGUGUUAGUCUUGAUGUGCAUAUAGAUAUGGCAUAAUUUUGGCCUCAACAAAUGUGUAAAUACCUCUUUUGGGAAAAACAGGGCCACCUCAUAAUAUUUGCCUGUGAAUGGGAUGACCUUCAAAAUAAGGAAUUAAUCUGAUUUCUUAUUUCCAAUGACAAAAUGCCUAAUAAUUUCGAAGGCAAAGAAACAGCAGGAAGGAAUCCAGUGGCAUUUUAGCCUCUUGAGUCUAAUGUGUCAGAUGUUAGAAACUUGUAUCAGAAAUGUUUUAUAUGGAUGAUUAUCUUUUUUUUUUGAGUUAAAGAAUUAUUUACUAUUUUCUCAUUGCCAGUAUUUAUGGAUAUCUACCUUUUGAUAGUUAUCUGUCGAAUCUUAAGAGGAACCAAGAGUCACAGUUUGGGUUCUUGUGUCCUUAAGUUUUUAAAGCACAGCUCUUCUGUGAAUAUAGAUGGUGUAGGACAUUGGUUUGUAGAGAGACGAUUACAGGAUGCUCAGCCCAGCAUAUGGGGCUAGAACAUUUUCACAGGAGGCUCUUUGUAGCUAAUGGACAGGGAGAGGGAAAGAAUCAGUUGCCUGGGUAAUUGUGGAUGUGGUAUGUGGUAGACAGACCUGGGGUAGGAACAGUUUCUUCCUGUUGAGAUUCUGGAGGAGAGCUUCUGUUAUUAGGCUAUAGAUAAAGUCUUAGCUGUAUCCUGGAAAUGGAGUCCAUAAUGGUUCUAGAAUAGCAUUUCCCAAACUGCAUUCUGUCAGGUGUGCUGCAGAAAAGGGGUUUCAUUGAGCAGGUUUGGAAAAUGAUAAUGUUACUCUCCUGCUUGAAGAUGACAAAGGAUGUGAGCAUUAAAGACUUUGACCAGUCCUUCUGUGAAAAGAAAAAAACCAUUUAACUUUGUUGAAUCUUGCUUUGCCCAAAUUAAUUUAAACAUGGUUUUAAACUUACUAUCCCCUGGGCAAAAGCAUAUUUGGAAAAUAUGAUUUAAAAAAAAUUAUUGUACCAAGUUGCCAUAACUAGGAUAGAUAAAAAUAAAAUUAAAAUUUCCUUUUCCCUUUUCAGUUGUUGGAGAGAAUCUGGUUCAAAAUCAGAAUAAUUUCAUUUAAACCUGUAGACAUAUUCAUCUUGAGCAAAUGCUGGAUUAGCAGAAUUUUGUAUGUCUGCAGCUUGUUUCAUAGCACCUUGAUUUUCUUAAUCAGGUUGUGGUAUUUUGUGAGGAGCAAAUUUAUUCUUUUUUGUGUUGAAUGGGUAACUGAAAAACAAGAUUACUUCUAAAAACGGUCUGAGAGACUAGUGACUGAUACUUAUGGCUCUAUGGGUAAUGAGCACUGAUUCUUACUUUCAGAAAGUGUAGUCAGUGAACAUUUUCUAAAUACUUUUAUAUUGGACACCAUAUUUAGAUCCAACUCCUGUUAUUCUCUAAUGAAGGAACAAACAACAUCCCGAAGUAAAUAUGUUGGGAAGGGAGGGAGGCAAACUAUUAUAAGUUGGGCUUUUGUUUUGAUCAUCAAAUUUUUGAGGCACUUUUGUAACCUCUAGUGUUUGCGUUCCUUGAUACUCACCAACUAUAAAGAGAAUCCAGGAGCCUAAAUUAUUCAGAAAUAACAGUAUUCCAUGUCAGGGAAUUGGCUAUAUGUAGUACAGACAAUUCUCCGCUUUCUGCAAAUAGGUUUCCCAGGACAGUUACAUAAUCCUGGGCUUGCUUUCUCUUAUUCCCUAGCCAGUUUGUACUCAGGGGAUACAAAUUGAUUUUUUAUAUUAGAUGAGACAUAAUUGAGAAAAUGAUCAUAGACAACUAUUACAGAUUUUUUGACUAUUGGGAUUUAUCUGUAAAUGUACAGUAUAUUGAGUUAAUAUAAGCAAUGCACCUUCCAUUUAUAAAAUAUAAAAUCUUAGAAUGUAUCUACCAUAGACACUGCAUCUUUGUCUAUUCACUGGUUAAUAACUUAAAUCCUGCUAAUUGCUUUGAAAUCUCAAUAUCUAAAUGCCAGGCAUGUUCACAGUUUUGUCUGCUUUUAUUUCUUUUUUAAAGACCUCCACGUUUUCAGUUUGGCAUUUCUUUACCUGAUCAUUCUGUCACUCUAUGACUUUUUAAAUAGGGAAUGAAUUUAUUUUAGUAAUAGUUCUCAGAGACUCUAAAAUUCUAGAUGAGGGAUCUGUGCAAUCUGUUUGUAAGUCACAUCCUGUGUUGGGCCUCAUUUUUGUAACCUCUGCAGUGGGAGGGAUAGAUUAAAAGACCUCUGAGUUACCUUUGAGCUUUAAAGUUCUGUCUUCUCUGCUUUUUCAUAUGAUUUGUAUUAGUGUUCACUUUUUACCUAUUAAGAGAUUUUAUACUAGUGUGAAUGAUCUGUUUGGUGAGGCAUUUUGAAGGUAAAUACUUGAAUAUUUUUCUAAAUACAGCUCUCCCCCAUGGAAUAUAAAUGGCAAAAGUCAUUCAGAAAACCAAACAUAUUAAGAUAUCACGUGCACUUGCCAUAAAGCAAAAGAUGACUAAUUCGGAGUGAUGGAAGUAUUCUAUACAUUUUAAUAGUGAUUUUUAGAUCCAGAGACCCUCCGUAUCUAUUAACUUAUUUAAUAUGUUACAGUAACCUUGUGAGUUAACGAUUUUCCAGAUGAGAAAGCAGGACCAGAAGGCUCUUCACAAAGAUUUAAUGCCAUACAAGUGCUCAGUGAUGAUCACUGCUCUUUAUAUGCCCCCUUCCUCUGGGGGAAAACAGUCUGAAUCACUGAAAUAUCUGCAUAGUUGAAUAAUAAAAAUAAACACAGAUGUAUUGCUUUCAAGUCUUAGAGUGACAUGAAAUAGUCUUAACUGAAUAUUUUUUAGUUUAAUUAUUUGAACCAGUUGAUUGUACUAACUAGAUGUAAUUAUCGUAAGUAUUUAUGAUUAGCAUAUUAAUUUUUGCUAAGUAACAAAAUUACUUACUUUCUAAGGAAUAACUUCUAAGUUAUUGAGGGUGCUUAAAAAGUACUGAAGAAACUUUUUAGGACAUGAUUCUUCCUUUAACUUUAUUUAUAUGAUUCUUAUAGCACAAUAUUUUUUAGAAAGUAAAACUAGCCCCAGCUCCUAUCUUAUCAAAAUUUUUGACUAUUAAUCUCAAUUAGGCUUAUCUAAAUUUCAUAUACAGAUUGAUAAUUUUUCAUUUUAUAUGUAUAUGAGAUGAUAAGACACUAUUUUCAUAGAGUAUAUUUCUAUUCACAAACUACCUAAUUAUUAUUGGCUUGAUAUGAAUUCUUCCAAACCUUAUAAAAAUUUGAAAUGUAAUUUAUGUUUGAGCUUUUAAAAGUGUAUCUUAUUUAAACAAGUUGCUGGUAUCCUUACCAGCCUUUCCCUAUAUAAUUAUAAUGCAUUUGAUGCCACUGAACAGUAAUAACAUAAAGAACAGGACCCACAGUCUAGACUAGAUUGAGGUGUUUUUUUUUUUUCUUUAAGAACUUUUAUUGAGAUACAGUUAACAGACAAUAAACUGCAUAUAGAGUGUACAAUUUGGUCUCCCAAUCUCCCACUUCAUUCCCCCCCAAUCCUCCCGGCUUUCCCCACUUGGAGUCCAUAUGUUUGUUCUCCACAUCUGUGUCUCUAGAUUGAGUUUUAAUUAAACUUUUCCAGCUAUAACCUGAUAAGAAUCAGGCUGCGUUUAGAAGUUAUUAGACUGUGGGCCUGUAUUAAUUUUGUGAGCCGAUGUUAAUGUUUACUGCCAGCCUUGCAUAGCAAUGCCAGUUUGCAGCCUUGAUUGUAUAUGUGACUUUUCAUAACUACUGUUUAUAUAUAAAGCAGUUCAGAUGUUAUGAAAGUAGCUCAUGAUAAUUUGGACAAGCAGGGUAGGUAAAUUUAAGUUACAUUUGAAAAAGUGCAAUUAAGGAAAUUCUAGGGUAGAACGCUCUUUCCAGGAAAAAAGUGAAGUGUCUGUAGAGUAUCCUAGCAUGACAGGUGUUUUGAACAUACAUAGAAUUUUGACAAGGUUCAUACAGUGUGAAUUUUUUAAUUCAAGGUUUGCUGCUUUGUGUUGAUUUAAAAUUUCAAGGAAGGAAUAGGAAUUCUAGCCAAGGAGAACUGCAUAUUUAAUUUUUGCUGCUUAUUUAGGCAUGCUAAAAAUCCUUUUACAUUUUGUUACAAAGAAAGGCCAUUUUUCUAGACAGAUAACAUUUUCCUAAGAUGGAAGAGAGAAACAGAUCCACUAAAAAAACAAAAACACCUUAAUUAAUUGUGCUGCCUCUGUUAAAUUGUAGGAAUAAUGAUUAGUCAAAAAUUUGUUUAAAUUGUGUUUUUUCCUAAUUCCUCUCAUGUUUCCUUAAAUCCGUCCUCCACAAACAGUCACAUUGUUUGCUUUUGCCUGUUUGUUUUCGGGUUCCUUUGGCCAGACCUCACUAUCGUUGUCAGAAAUUGUUCGCUAGGUGUGUUUUUCUGUUUGUUUUAUGUUGCUUCACUUUUUAAGUCACCUUGGUAAAAGUUUGGCUGUCUUCUCAUGUUUUUAAAAUGAAUGCAAUGAAUAGCAGUGUUUAUAUUUCAACCCUUUAAAAAGUUUGUAAAGGAAAGAAUGCAGAGCAAAGAACAAAAUCUAAUUUGGAAUUUGAUUCUCAGUUUGGCUGCUGUGGAGCAGUCAUUUAACCUCAUUUAGUUUUUUCAUCUAUAAGAUGUGGAUAAUAACCUACCUCACAGAUGCGUGUGAGAAAAUGAAGGCCUGUGUUUAAUUCAGGGUUUAUCAUCGUAUUUAAUGUAAAUGUAAAUUUACAUAAUGUAAAUCCCUUUCUUUUUAAAGUAGAUAUCUUUGAUACUGAUAGGAUGAGUAUCUUGAUUUUAGGUACAGUAAGUCUUACAUGGUAAGAAUGUGGUGGUAAAAAUGUUUAAGACCACAGUUUCACAAAUUAUGGUAUUCUUAUUUUAAGUGACUUUAAAAAUUUCUUGAAAAUAUCUAAUAUCCAAUUAUCAAAUUUGUCUUUUGUUGCAACAGAUAUUCAGAACUUCUUAAAAUGUUGGCUGAAGAUGCCUUAAUGUACCAAAAUACAGCUUUCUCUCCAGACUAUUCACAAAUAGUUAUGGUUGUACAAUGUUUUGAGUGUUUAAUGUAAAUUUAUUAUAGAACUGUGAACUCCAUGCAUAGUAACCUUAAUAUUGUUUUAGGAAGAAUGCCUGUGUUGUGUAUCAUGUAUGCUUAAAUAUCAUACAGUGACUUUUGAGUGCAACAAACAAAACUGAAAGUUGACAGCCAUUAGGUUGUGUCCAUGACAAUCAUAAGAAAAUGUAAGAUUGGAUAUUAAUUGUUCAAAAAACUUUGCAAGAACAUUUUGCAUUCAUUCAUUCUUAGCCCAUCUUUGGGAAGAAAAAUCCCAUAGGCUGAUACAUUUACCCACCAAAGCACUUGAUUACAUAUCUAUUAAAAUAAUUUUUUUAACUGUUGAAAUUGGGAUCAUUUUUUAUAAUUCAUUUCAGGAAGGGAAAAAAAACCCCAGACUCUUCGUGCUUUUGUGUUUUAAUAACAGAUUCAAAUUUCAGUUUUCUUUGUUAUGUAUUUUUAUGAGUGUUAAAUGAUCAGUGGGAGGGAUUUGUCUUCCAGCAACUGUGUGGUAAAGAUGUCUUCUUGAAUUACACAGCGUUUCAGUUACAGGUUCUCCCUCGUUAAUAUUUGCACUGUACACAAAAGAGUAAAGCAGCCUGAUUGCUUAUAAGCUUUUUUUCACAAAAUCAAAUUAAAGUCUCUGGUUAAUUUGAAAGCUGUUUUGUUUCUGUUCUGUCAUUUAAGCUAAUAUUCUGCAGGUCAAUUAGUAGUUACAGACAAAGCUAUUGUAGAACUUUGCUGCCUGUGAUUCCUUGGAGAUUCUAUACCAUCUUCGUCCACUUCCGUCUUCCUUGUUGUACAGUGUAGUUUCUAACUUUAGCCAUUGUAUGUUUCCUAUUGCUGCCAUAAGAAGUUACUACAAACUUAGUGACUUAACACAAAUUUAUUGUCUUAUAGUUCUGUCAGUCAGUUCGGUGGGCUUAGCUGGUGUUUCUGCAUCAAGUCACACGGGCUGAAAACCAAAGCAUGGGUAGGGCUGUGCUCUAGGGCAGAAUCUGUUUCAAAGCUCAUGCAAGUUGGUGGUGAAUUUAGUUCCAUGCUGCUGUGGGGCUGCGGUCCCGUUUCCCUUUUGGCUCUUGGCUAGGGAUCACUUGCAGCUUCUAGAGACCAGCAUCAUUCCCUGGCGUGUGAGUCCCUUCAUCUUCAAAGCUAGUAACUGUGGGCUCAUGCUGCAAAUGUUUCCUGCCUCGCCUUCACUACAUCUCUGACGGGCUGACUUGUCUGCCUUCCUCUUCUGAUUGUAAGGGCCGAGGCUAUUAAGUAGGACUCACUUGGAUAAGCUCCCUAUUAUAAGGGCAGCUGGUUAGCAAACAAUUUCAUCUGUAAAGUCCCCUUUUCCAAGUCACAUAACAUAUCUACAGGUAUUAA